UUAUCAAUUACGCAGAUACUGAAAUUCGCCAUUCUGUCAGCCAUGAAAACGAAAGCGGAGCGCGAUAACAACAAAUUGUUUUGAGACACCAUGUUAUUUUAUAACGCGUUUAAAUCCGUGAUAUUGAAAUAUUCUUUUCUCUCAUACCUUCGUAUAUAUAAUACGCGAUUGACGUCAAGCAUCACUCACAACACUAGAGAUCUAGUAAUUGAUCUGAAAACAAAAUCAAACACACCGAGCACACUAAACGAUAAGCAUAUUACUAACGUCACCGACUUAUCGCAGUUCCUCUCCCACUCCUCGGAGAACUCCUAUCCCCUAUUUAGUUGAGUCAUGCUUGCGUUCUCGAUGCUUCGUCGUUGUACAUCGGUAAGAAACCAGUUUCUGUUCGUGUCUGUACGAUCGACGCGCAACGGCGAUCGGCACCGCGUCAAUCGUUCGAUCACCAGCGUGCGCGCGCGCGCGCACGCGCGCACUCUCACUCGUGUUUCGACCUCGACUGAAAAUCGUUUCGAAAUUCCACGUGAGGUUGAGCGAGAGAACCUCCUCGAAAUAUCGGCAUUGUGUGCAAACUAGAGAUACUCAUUCGCUACCUCUUAACGAACGGUUUGUUGCUUAACGAACCGAAACGAAAGAGGGAGGGAGAGAGAGAGAGAGAGAGAGAGAUAAAUAAAUAAAGUAAUAAUGAUGCUCAGCAAGUUGAGCACAAGACUGCGACACGCUGGAAGGAAACUCCUUUUGAGCAGUGGCGAGUUUUCCGCAGGCCCAAAAAACUAUGCAAGAGGGACGCAUUUUAAGUAUUUCCCGUGUGAAAAACAGAUCGUCGCCGGUGAGACUCAAAAGCUGAAUAUGUAUCAAGCUAUAAAUCAUGGACUUAACAUUGCAUUGGAAAACAACCCACGUUCAGUUGUGUUUGGCGAGGAUGUGGCAUUCGGAGGUGUCUUUCGUUGCACGAUGGACUUGAAGAACCGUUUCGGUGCCGAUCGUGUCUUCAACACGCCUCUCUGCGAGCAAGGAAUCGCCGGUUUCGGAAUCGGUUUAGCCAAUGCGGGAAUAUCAGCGAUUGCCGAAAUACAAUUUGCCGAUUAUAUAUUUCCCGCUUUUGAUCAGUUGGUAAACGAAGCGGCAAAAAUGAGGUAUCGAAGCGGCAGUAUGUUCGACUGCGGCAAGCUCACGAUUCGUGCACCUUGCGGAGCCGUCGGCCAUGGUGGUCUUUAUCACUCUCAAAGCCCGGAAGCCUACUUUGCACACACUCCCGGUUUGAAGAUCGUCGUCCCUCGCGGAGCGAUGCACGCAAAGGGUCUCUUGUUGAGCUGCAUCGACGAGCCGGAUCCCUGUAUCAUAUUCGAGCCUAAAAUUCUGUAUCGCAUAGCGGUCGAUGAAGUACCCGUUGCACCUUACAAGAUUGCAAUCGGCAAGGCUGAAAUUGUAAGAAGCGGUGAUGCCGUGACACUCGUUGGCUGGGGCACUCAGGUGCACGUACUGCUGGAGGUAGCCGACUUAGUCCAGGAGAAACUCGGCGUAUCCUGCGAGGUGAUAGACCUCGUCUCCAUUCUACCUUGGGACGCGGAACUUGUGUGCAAGUCGGCGAAGAAAACCGGACGCGUUAUCGUCGCCCACGAAGCGCCGAUGACGAAUGGAUUCGGGGCAGAAAUAGCUGCGACGAUUCAGACGGAGUGCUUCCUGCAUCUGGAGGCGCCGGUUCAAAGGGUCACAGGAUGGGACUGUCCUUUCCCGCAUAUCUUCGAGCCGUUCUACCUACCGGACAAGUGGCGUUGUUUCGCGGCUGUCCGAGACAGUCUUAAGUACUGAGGUUGAGACACAAAGGGUGGCCAUGGCAGUUGCAGUGGAAAAAUUCAGAAGAAAUUGUGAGCCUGUUGUCCGCAGAAUGUCCUGAAAUUAUCCUAAAAACAUACCGUUAUCAGUAGAACAUUUAACAUUUUUUUCAAACACAAUCUUUUAUAUAUUUUAAUAUAAAUACCUCCUUUUUUUCUUUAUCAAUUACCUGGAAGAUUACACGAUACAAAAAAGCGAAGUAGAGGAAAUAAUAAUCGCUGAAAAAUCCGCCGUAUGCACUUAACACGAUUAUUCUAUCGUUUAUGUAUAACGAAUUACCGCUUGUAAACGUAACUCGCAUAAUCGCUCAUAUUUGUAAAACACGUUUACACUGUUUAGCCGCAUAGUAAACUAUUAAUUUAGUCCUGCUAAAACUAUCGCUUAUCUGGAAUAAAUAAAGCAUAUACACAGAUAUAUCUUUCAUAGUAAGGAAAUAUGAAUCCGGAUGACCUGACUGUAGUAUACAUUAUACGCGCAUGCAAACCCAUGUCCCUGACCCAGUUAGUCGCAACCCACAUAAAUCCAUCCCUCUUGUCUAAAUUAAUAACAUGAAAGAUGAUACAAAUCGUCGCCGGAGGCAAUAAUGCGCCGCUCGACAAAGAUGUCAGACAGACAUUCAGGAUGGAUCGCCUAGGUAUCCCUUUUUUCUCACCGAUAAAAUCUGGGUCAAGUCCUUCUUUAAUAAUAAAACUGCGCGCCGAUUGUACGCGCGUCGUGGCAAUGUAAUAUCUCAAUCAAGGUUUCGGUCCCAAGCGCUGUCCUUUCCAGUCUAAACUUUUAGAUCCUCACGUUUCGCUUGUCAGCAGGAUGUGCUUUUGAAUGAAGGCGUAAAAAAAGAACUGAAGAAGAGAAUUCAGAUUUCACAAGUCGAAGAAACGAAUACAAGGGACAUUAGGUCAGUGACAGAAAUAAACGCAAAGUUACAAAAUGUUUUCCUUUUCAUUUGCUUCUGAAAGCUGAUCUAUUGUUACUGUCGAUUGCUAAUUGCACAUUACUUUCAAAAGUAGACGAUUGAAAAAAUUUAAAAACUUAUCGAGAUAACGUGUAAAAAGCGAAAUUAAAGAAAAGGAAGUGUACUGAACUGCACGCUUGUGGCAUAUUUUGUAAUUUGAAAGGGAAACCACAUUCUUUCACUAUAUAUUAUGAUACGUGAAAGUUGGCAGAGCGACGAACAUAUACGUACACAUACGCGGUGUGCAAUGAAAGAAAGAGAGAGAAGAAAAGCUGGGAGAGACCUGGCAGCAGUGGAAAAGAGAUGGAGAACCAGUCGCCGCGAAGCGUAGACUAUAUCGAAGGUCGACGAGUUACCUUUUUAUUAGUCGAUUUUUGCGGGAAUAGAGCAAUGGCUUUUACACGCUAACAUAUGGCGUCGAUGCGACCACAGACAUCGAAAGUCGAGAGAUUCUUACUCUCUUCGAUUCGACGACGGUUAUGAAUAUCGAUACUCCUCCGGAACUAUGAUUUACUAUUCUUAACAACACUGACAAAAAAAAAUGGUUAAAAAAAUAAUCCAUA